AUGGCAAUGAGCAACUGGAAGAAAGAAGCAGCGGUGCAGCUCGGCUUUCCAUACAAACUUUUGCCUUGCAUUUCCAGCUCUUCCCAGACAUCUAGGAAGAGUAAAGAUCCCACGCCAAAGCUAAUCUCUUUAACCCUCAAAAGUGGAAAAAGAGGGAGCCAAGACACACUCCUGGGCUUGCAGAGCCAGCCAGCCACCGGGCCAAGCGCGCUGCGUCCCUCUCGGCUGCACGGACGUGGAACACACUCUGCCAAAAGCACCGGCCUCUCGCUGCAAGCACCGGGAAACAACCGCACACCAGCCAGGUACCCCGAGGAGUUGGCCUGGCACACCAACCUGAGCAGGAAGAUCUUACGCAAGUCACCGCAGCUGGAGAAGUUUCACCAGUUUCUGGUUAGCGAGACGGAAUGUGGAAAUAUCAGUCGUCAGGAGGCUGUUAGUAUGAUCCCACCUCUGCUGCUUGAUGUUAACCCUCAUCAUAAGAUUCUGGAUAUGUGUGCUGCACCUGGAUCUAAGACUGCACAACUCAUUGAAAUGUUGCAUGCAGACAUGAAUGUUCCUUUUCCCAAGGGUUUUGUAAUUGCUAAUGAUGUCGACAACAAGCGCUGCUAUUUGCUGGUUCAUCAGGCUAAGAGGUUAAACAGUCCAUGCAUCAUGGUGGUAAAUCAUGAUGCCUCCAGCAUUCCUAAUCUACAGAUAGAUGUUGAUGGAAGAAAAGAGGUCCUCUUCUAUGACAGGAUUUUGUGUGACGUGCCCUGCAGUGGAGAUGGAACCAUGAGGAAAAACAUUGAUGUGUGGAAGAAGUGGACAACACAAAACAGUUUGCAGCUCCAUGGAUUGCAGCUAAGAAUUGCAACCCGUGGUGUUGAACAGCUGGCAGAAGGCGGGAGGAUGGUGUAUUCUACGUGUUCAUUGAAUCCUAUCGAAAAUGAGGCGGUGAUCGCAUCUCUACUGGAAAAGAGUGAAGGUGCCUUAGAACUUGCUGAUGUAUCUUCUGAGUUGCCAGGUUUGAAGAGGAUGCCGGGAAUUACAAAAUGGAAGGUAAUGCUGAAAGAUGGACAGUGGUUUGAAGAGUGGAAAGAUGUGCCUUCAAAUAGACAAACACAAAUACGUCCCACUAUGUUCCCAGUAAAAGAAGAAGAGAAGCUAAAGGCAAUGAAUCUAGAGCGUUGUCUUAGGAUAUUGCCACAUCACCAGAACACAGGAGGUUUCUUUGUGGCUGUGUUAAUAAAAAAAUCUCCAAUGCCAUGGAAUAAACGUCAGCCUAAGGUUCAUCAGAAAUUACCACAAAGAACAGGAGACACUGAAGUGACAGCAACUAAUUCAGAUAAUGGUCCUGAAUGUAUUACUGAAGAACCGACACUUGCUGAAAACGAAGAGUCGAAGAAAACGCAAGAAUUGCAGAAUUCUGACACUGAGCAAAGCAAAAAGGAAGCAGUAUGUGGACCGCCACCAUCUAAAAAAAUGAAGUUGUUUGGUUUUAAAGAAGACCCUUUUGUGUUUCUCCCGGAAGAUGAUCCAUUGUUCCUUCCUAUCCAGAAGUUCUAUGCAUUGGACCCAUCAUUUCCCAAGAUGAAUUUACUAACUCGAACUCAGGAAGGAAAGAAGAGACAGCUGUACAUGGUUUCUAAGGAGCUAAGGAAUGUGCUUCUGAACAACAGUGAGAAGAUGAAGGUUAUUAACACAGGGAUAAAAGUCUGGUCUCGCAACAGUGAUGGUGAACAGUUUGGAUGUGCGUUCAGAUUAGCACAAGAGGGAAUUUAUACUCUGUACCCAUUCAUUCAUGCAAGAAUUAUAAAUGUCUGCAUAGAAGAUGUUAAAAUUCUGCUAACCCAGGAAAAUCCAUUCUUAAGCAAAUUCAGCAGUGAAACACAGAAGAAAGUCAAAGACAUGGGUAAGCCUUCUAAUUUAAAACCUGAUGAUCUUCAGUGUCCUAUAGUGCUGUGUGGUUGGCAAGGAAAGACAUCACUCCGUGCCUUUGUGCCCAAGAAUGAGAGACUUCAUUACCUGAGGAUGAUGGGAGUUGAAGUGUUUAAAGCAAAGAGGAAAGAGGAGGAAUCGGAAAGUAAAACGGAUGAAGAAGUUCAACAUAAGCUGGCACAAACAGGGGAAGGAAUGGAUGUUGAAGAUAAAGAACAUGAUUUAGUUACCAAAAUGGAAGCAGAAAUAGGUGAAGAAUCUUCCAACAGUCCUGUGGAAAGCAGUGCUAUGGAAGUAGAAAAUAAAAUUGAGGAUUUAGAUCAAUCUAGUAAAGAUGCCAACAGCCAUGUAAGCCAGGAAAGCAAAGACACAGAUACGAGUAAUGUGAAAGAUUAAUUUUCUUUCUAUGUUACUUGGGAGCUUCCAUGAGGCUCACAUCCAGACUUUUGCUUUUAGCACAGAAGUAUAUUUUAAAAUUUCGGUUGGAAUGGGGUGUUCCUCUUUUAAAGUUUUGCCUAUUUUAUUUUUUAAUGAGAACUAUAAAGA